CCCAAGCAGAAACAUACCUGCUUUAUUCAAACGAACAUAUUCAUACAUAACGCACAAGACAAAAAUAAACUCGAAGAUUUGAAUACCCGCAGAGAUACGUCAGAGGUCUUCUGGGUGAAACAGUUGAAGAGCGGUAGUCAUCCGCGGUAUACCAAUUUUAUUAGAAGAUAGAUCGCGGUGUGCGUAGGCAGACAUGGCCGACUAUGUGAGAAUUGUUGGUGUUUUGGUAAUGUUUUCUUGGAUAGCUGGAUUUCAUAGUGGAGCUACACAAACACAAAUUACUCCAAUAAAAGAUUUGAAGAAAAUCUUUGGACCAAAAUUUGGAAAUUUAAAUAAUCGGCCUCCACCUCGACAUGAUACUCCUGCUUCUCCUUGCCAAUGUACAUGCGGCGAAAAAAACGAGGACAGUAGGAUAGUAGGAGGUAGACCAACAUUUGAAAAUGAGUUUCCAUGGAUGGCUAGACUAUCAUAUUUCAAUAGAUUUUAUUGUGGCGGGAUGCUUAUCAACGACAGAUACGUUUUGACAGCCGCCCACUGUGUAAAAGGGUUUAUGUGGUUCAUGAUUAAAGUAACUUUUGGAGAACAUGACCGGUGUAACGACAACAAACGACCAGAAUCGAGAUUUGUUCUUCGAGCAAUUGCAGGCGCUUUUAGUUUCUUAAAUUUUGAUAACGAUAUUGCUCUCUUAAGGCUAAAUGACCGAGUGCCAAUAACGCAAUUUAUUAAACCAAUUUGUCUGCCAAAGAAACGAGAUCAUCUUUAUGUGGGUGCUAUAGCCACAGCAUCUGGUUGGGGAACACUCAAAGAAGAUGGAAAACCAUCUUGUAUUUUGAAUAAAGUCGAUGUACCCGUUAUAUCAAAUGAAGAAUGUAGAAAAACCAAUUAUUCUGCAAAUAUGAUUUCCGACAAUAUGAUGUGCGCUGGAUAUCCGCAAGUUGGGAAAAAAGAUUCGUGCCAGGGCGACAGUGGCGGACCUUUGAUUACGAAGAAGCCUGACUCUAGAUAUGAGUUAAUAGGUGUCGUCUCGUGGGGCAAUGGUUGUGCCAGGCCAGGCUAUCCUGGUGUAUAUACUAGGAUAACUAGAUACUUAGACUGGAUUCUCGAUAACUCUCAGGAUGGAUGCUUUUGUCAAGACUGAAAUUAGUGCUCUAGGAUAAAUUUAUAAAUUUAGUUUUGAUAUUUAUAGGAUGCAAAUAUUAUUCGUUUAAUUUACAAUGAUAUUGUAUUAAAACGUGCCUUUAAUUUAUUACUUGAUAAUAGACUCGGAAUAAAAUGCAAAUUUAAG